GCUGACCUGAGCUCCAUGAGCUGAGUUGAGCCGAGCGCUGAGAGAGGGGCCACCCCCAAAAAAAAGUUCGUCGCAAACCCGGACGCCUACACGCUCAGCUUUCCCACCCUCUCUACCCACCGCUUCCGCUCCGUCCAAGCCCGUCGCCGUCUCCGCCAUGGCGGCCGAGAACCAUGGGCUGGCGGCAGCGCAGCGCCCGGAACGCAACAACCCUCCGCCAGCCCUCAUUCCGCCUCCGUAUGAUCCGGCCUUAGACCCCAGAGUCAGAAACUUGCUAGACCAGCAGGCCGAGAUCCAGGCCAAACUCGCUGCUCUGCUACCGCGGAAGUAUGGCCCCAACAUAAAGCUCGAACUUGACAUGUUGCGCCAUAAACUCCAGGUCUUGGAGGCAUACGCCAACGACAAUCACCUCUCCAAUAAGAUCCCAAACUUGUCGGAGAUCGAAGAGGCCAGGGCACUCCAGUACCGGUGUGAGUGCAUUGAGAGCGCGUGUAUGGAGCAAGGCGUGGAUCUCCAAGAUCCCAGGUUCAUCGAUGCCUUGAGGCAUUCAUUCCGCGAUCAAGCACCGGAUGGCUAUGCUGCCUGGCUUGACAGGAAUCUCGCUCAUUACGACCCAGUUUUCCGCAGUUGGCGUCUAAGAGACAGCCUGCCCUUGAGCUCCCGCUCCCAGCAUUCGUUCAAAUGUUGGGAUGAUAGAUGUAUGCAUUACAUCUACGGCUAUCCCUACCAGGAUGAUCGUGACCAGCACGCCAGAGAACAUGUUGCACCCGUAAAGAGAGACUCGGGACUCUCAGUUGGCGAUACGCCGACUCUGUUAUUCCCGAGCCAGCCCAGCAGCAGCCGUGGUUACAGCGGCGAUUACUCCAAGCAGACCUCACCACUCUAUCUGCCUCGACCCGGCGCCCAUUUACAGCUCGCCCCGUUAUCAACGGGGAGUCAUCCCAAGGAUCACCGCGACUCCUUGAGAUCCUACUCGUUCGUGUCCGAGUAUCCCGAAGGACACCGGGGUUCUAUCGACUCGGAAGUCGAUCCCUUGCUCCCGCCUUUGAAACGCAGCCGUGUCGGGCAGUCCAGACUGGAGUCAAUAGAAGAACUCAAGUUACUUAGGGAUAGAGGACCUUGCUUACGAUGCAAGGUCUCGGACGAAAGCUGCGAUUCGAACGAUCCCUGCUCCUUCUGUCUUGACUAUACCGGUCCUCAAGAUGCCGGGUUCUGGAGAUUCCUCGGGUGCCCUCGCGGGCCACUCGCUAAUCUUGCCGAGAUCAUGCUCCCAGCCUCCAUAUCUCCACGGCAAACCCAGACGCCCAUGACAUCCCCGCUUGCGGUACGUCGCAACAUGAAUGACUAUCUGGAAAGGGCCUACCCUUUGCACCCUGACGUUGCAAGAAUGGUCAAGGGACAUCUCGAUUUCGACGACGGUUUCUGGUGGACGGAAGAUCUUGCCAGCUUCCCGCCUGCCAAUCCGACAUUACCGUCGUUUUCUAGGGAGCCCGUCGACAGAUCGCCCCCUGUUCUCAACGUCUUGGCCUCCAGCUGGAACAUGGCGCCAAACUCGACUGUUUACAACUUUUGGCAGCUAUUGAGGCUGAGCGGUCUCGUAGCAGGAAGCAGAGAGGCCGAAGUCGCAGCCUAUCCCGCCCUAUACCGAGCUAAAUUGCUGCUCAGGGAAACCAUCUUCUAUGACCUUCAACAACCGGAACCGGUAAUCCAUGCAGAGAACAGAAAUUCCAACCACCCCAUAAUAUUCGACGACGUUGAUUCAUACGGACGACACCAGUUACUAUUCAACUGCAUGACCCAGUUCCUCCAGUCAUUUGAAAGCCUGACUUCACGAAGGGGAAUGCUGGACCCCAAGAAUUGGCUGGCGUUAGUGUUCUCAUUAUGCAUCUUCAGCGUUGUGAGAACGAUAUUAUUGGACAGGGUCUGCCAGUCUCAUCCGAGCCCUGGUUCAUCGAGUCCACCCGCGGGUAUGCAUAGCGUCUACAAGGCUCUCGUGAGUCUCUUUGCCUGGUCCUCACCGAUGCUACUCGACAGACCACCCGACAGCCCAAUGGGCAAUGAAGAUGCAGAACUGGUGGAGUCCGUCUCGGCGCUAUUAGGGAGAACGUCGUGGCCCGAACGUGGUUUCUCUUCAACCAAGGAUUUCCUCUUGUCUCUGGGGAUCGGCGACCUCGAUGCUCCGUCAUUUGAUGGCUUCGUCCGUCAGAGAUCGUCAUUUCGACUUGGCUCUUUUUCCUUCUCUCUGCCUCCAUUAGCCAAAUCUGGCGAUGAGCACCGGAAACCCCUGCCCGAGACGCGGCCUCACGGCAAUCCAUGGGCGCCAAGUUCCUCGGGUCUCUCAGAACGAGAGUCGUUCGUUUUCAAGGGCGAACCGGAUCGCUUCCUCACGUCCCCCCACACAAUCGAACAGGGGCGGAGACACACGGUUGGGGAAAGCCCGACAUUCUCACGCGGCGGAGCAGGCCGAGGGCUAACCUCGCCGAUCUCCGCCGCGAGGAUACGACCAUCCUACCAACGACCACCUCUGCGCAGGGUUUACUGCACCAAAUGCAACGAACAUCCGGAAGGCUUCCGUGGAGAGCAUGAGCUGCGCAGGCACAACGAUGCCAAACAUGCCGCUCUCGUCAAAAGAUGGGUUUGCACGGAACCGCACAAUCUUGGCCCGAGCUCGCCCCAACCCGUGAUACCCCUUUCCAAAUGCAAGGCUUGUGUCACCCAAAAGCGAUACGGUGCAUAUUACAACGCCGCAGCCCACCUACGAAGAGCGCACUUCAAUCCCCAUCGGGGAGGUAAAGCUAGCGGGGAUUGGCCUCCAAUGUCCAUCCUGAAGGACUGGAUGCGGGAGGUGCGGCAGUCAGUCGAUGUUCAGGACCAAUAUGAUGCGUCAAGCGGAGACGAGGAACAAGACUACAAGCCAGCGCCCGAGUUCAUUUCCCCGCCUCGGCGCCGUUCCCCAACCCUCGACAUCCCUCGGCUCGCCCCCGCUCUUCCCGGACCUUCAAUGCUACCUCGCGUGCCAUCGCUGCUGGCACCCUCCAUCGAGCUUCCGAUGCCGGGCCCCGCUCCUAUUAUCAUACAGAGUGGCCCGAGCAGCUUCAACGCUCCAUCCAUCAAGAAUGACGAACCCCAAGCCUCGAACCGCAAUCGAUGUCCCCAUCCGGAAUGCGGACGUGUCUUCAAAGAUCUGGGUGCCCACAUGCUGACACACAUGGAGGAAAGGCCGGAAAAAUGCCCCAUCGAGACAUGCGAAUACCACACCAAGGGGUUUGCUCGGAAGUACGAUAAGAACCGGCAUGCGCUCACCCAUUACAAGGGAACAAUGGUGUGCCCGUUCUGUCCAGGAGCAGGGUCCGCAUACGAGAAGGCGUUCAACCGAGCAGACGUAUUCAAGCGCCACCUCACAGCCGUCCACAACGUUGAGCAGACGCCACCCAACAGCCGCAAACUCGUCCUCAGCGCCGGGUCUGGUCGCUCGGAAGGCGGGUCUGAAAAGGCGGGCGCAAGGUGCUCAAUCUGCCACAGUCAGUUCCAAAGCGCCCAGGAGUUCUACGAACACUUGGACGAUUGUGUGCUGAACGUCAUUGUCCCACCCACUCCGAGGACAGGGGGUAGCGGCAGUGGCAAUAGCAGCAUCCACAAGGCCUCUUCCGCCAAGACCCCAACGACAGCGAGCACCGAGAAAGGGGCAGAAUUCGACCUGGGAGGAGACCGGUCGCGGGAGUUUGGAACGGAAGGUCCGUCUGACCAACUCUCCACGAGAAGCAGGGACAUGGAGCCCGAAAGCGACCAGAGGCACAGGACAGGGCCGGAACCCGAGCCCGACAGGGACCGGCAACUCGGAAGAGAGCGAGAAGAGGCAUUCAAGGAAGGCGAAGGACGAGAGCCUGGCUGGGAAGUGAUUCGGCAUGAGAAGGAUCAUGUGCCGGCAGAAGAUCGGGAGGCAGAAGUUGGCCAUAAUGGUGCUUCCGAACCCGAGAACCGGUCUGACAUGAUGGGGAUCGAGUUGGCGGAGCACCAAGAGCAGCGAGGGCCGCGGCGUGGAGGUUUCGAGCUCACCUUGGGCUCUCCGGCGUCGUCGGACAAGAUGGAAACGGAUCCGCAGUAAGUUGUGGUUACGAAGCGUGAGACGCAGCUUCUUGCUUCUACCGUGUCUUAUUCUAUAUAUAUAUAUAUACAUAUAUCCACUUGUACAUGGUGUGCGAACUUGGGUCUGGGUUAACAAUUCUUUUUCUUUUUUCCCCCUCCCCUCGGUGGUCGGUCGGAUAGGUUCAGCAGGCGAGGCGAGACGAGGCGAAGCGACAGCGCUAUCGAGACAUGGGACCAAGGGGUUCCACGUCGUUUGCUGUUUGUGUCUCUCAGGUAUGAAAAGGGGCAGCCGGUUGGAGGUUUCCUGGGCCAUCCCCGACAGUGUCUCAUCAAAUCAUUCCCUCUUCUGGGGGUUUCCUAUACCGUGUAUCACUACCUCUACCUAGGCAAGGAGACUUAGUGCACAUUGCUUUUCUCUGC